AUGUACAAUGGUAGAACAGACCAUGUGGAGCAUGUUAGCCACUUCAAUCAAAGGAUGGCUGUACAUUCCAAGAACGAGACCUUGAUGUGCAACGUAUUCCCAUCCAGUUUAGGGCCUGUGGCAAUGAGGUGGUUUGAUGGUCUGAGGGCAACUUCCAUUGAUUCCUUCAAGGAACUCACUCAGGCGUUUGGAUCCCACUUUAUUACGUGUAGCAGGGUUCCUCAGCCUUUAGCUUUCUUGUUGUCUCUGUCCAUGAGAGAAGGAGAAACCCUGAAAACAUAUUCGAACAGAUAUUGGGAGAUGUUCAACGAGAUAGAUGGUGAUUUUAACGUUAUAGCCAUUAGCACUUUCAAGCUCGGCCUACCUACUGAGCAUGGCUUAAGGAAGUCUUUGACUGGGAAACUUGUUAUUAGUAUACACCAACUUAUAGAUUGGAUUGACAAGUAUAAGAGAAUUGAAGAAGACCAGCAGCAAGGCAAGAGAAAGGGCAUGGUUAUCCCUUAG